CUGUUUGAAAGCGUGUGUGUGUGUGGAGGCGGAGUCAGCAUGUGCCUGGUAGCUCCUUCCUCUGACCUUGGCUACAGAGAGAUGGUGGAGAGAGAAAGAGGGCAGAGUGUGUGUGUGUGUAAAGUGGUGGAGCUAAUUCCUGCACUGCAGCUGUGUAUAUGACACCAGAGUUAACAGCUCUAGAUCCACUUGGGAACUUGCCAGAGAGAAACACAGCGAGAGAAGAGGAAGGAAAGCAUGUCAGCAGCAUGUGCAGCACACAGAGAAACAGCACGAUGCCCUGUGUCUGGUGCGUUCUGGAGGUGAGCUGACUCCUGUGUGGGUCUUGAGAAGCAGAUAUGUGGGACGGACGGUCUGAGACGUGUCAUGCACAUGCCCUGUUCGACGCCUUCGUGCAGGCUGGCACGUGUAGAGAGACCCUCAGGGCCUUCCAGGAGCUGUGUGAAGAGCUGAAGCUGCAUCCCGUGGGUCAGCCGCAGUUCUACCACACCCUGAGGAGCAGACUGCACUACUGGAAGGCCAAAGCACUAUGGGCCAAACUGGACAAAAGAGCCAGCCAGAAGGAGUACAUGAGAGGCCACGCUUGCACCAGCACCACGUGUCUGAUCAUAGGCGCCGGUCCGUGUGGACUGCGGACGGCUAUAGAGCUGGGAUUUCUGGGUGCCAGGGUGGUUCUUGUGGAAAAGCGCGAUGCUUUCUCACGGAACAAUGUUCUGCAUCUCUGGCCCUUCACCAUUCAGGACCUCCGUGGUUUGGGGGCCAAAAAGUUCUACGGAAAGUUCUGUGCUGGAGCCAUAGACCAUAUCAGUAUUCGUCAGCUGCAGCUGAUGCUUUUGAAGGUGGCCUUGUUAUUGGGUGUCGAGGUUCACGUGAAUGUGGAGUUCAAACAUCUACUGGAACCUCCAGAAGACCAGGAGAAGCGUGUUGGCUGGCGAGCAGAGGUCCACCCCAACUCUCAUCCAGUCAGACAGCUGGAGUUUGAUGUGGUUAUUGGUGCAGACGGCAGAAGAAACACCUUACCAGGGUUUCGCAGGAAGGAGUUUCGGGGGAAACUUGCCAUUGCCGUCACAGCGAACUUCAUUAAUCGCAACACCACCGCUGAGGCUAAAGUGGAGGAGAUCAGCGGUGUCGCCUUCAUCUUCAACCAGAGGUUUUUCCAGGACCUCCGGCAAGCUACCGGAGUUGAUCUAGAGAAUAUAGUAUAUUACAAAGAUGACACUCACUACUUUGUAAUGACCGCCAAAAAACAAAGUCUUCUGGACAAAGGAGUCAUUCUGCACGAUUAUGCUGACACCGAGACGCUGCUGUCCAGGAAUAACGUGGACCAGAAUGCACUGCUCUCGUACGCUCGUGAAGCAGCUGAUUUCUCUACCAAUCAUCAGCUUCCUUCUCUGGACUUUGCCAUCAAUCACUACGGGCAGCCAGACGUGGCCAUGUUUGACUUUACCUGCAUGUACGCCUCUGAGAACGCAGCACUGGUGCGUCAGCGCAGGGAACACCCUCUGCUGGUCACUCUGGUGGGGGACAGUUUACUAGAGCCAUUCUGGCCAAUGGGAACAGGAAUAGCUCGGGGCUUCCUGGCAGCCAUGGACACGGCCUGGAUGGUUCGCAGCUGGGGUCAGGGCAACACCCCUUUAGAGGUUCUGGCUGAGAGAGAGAGUCUGUAUCGGUUGCUUCCUCAGACAACACCAGAAAAUGUCAGUAAAAACUACAGCCAAUACAGUGUGGAUCCUGCUAGCCGCUAUCCCAACAUCAAUAUGCAACUCAUCAGCGCUGCUCAGGUGUGUCAUCUCAUAGACACAGGUGAGGGUCCAGUUUUGCGUCUUGAUGCUGUUAGCUCCCCACAUCCAAGACUUACGCGACAAGAGUCAAUGGCUCGUUACAGUAAGCUGCUGACCUGGUGUCAGGAGCAGACGCACGGUUACAUGAAUGUGUGUGUGACGGACUUUACAACUUCCUGGAGGAGCGGCCUGGCCCUGUGCGCUCUCAUUCACAGAUUCAGACCUGACCUCAUUGAUUUUGCGUCUCUGGAGGAGAGUGAGGCGGAGUUCAAUGGUCAGUUGGGUUUGAACAUGGCGGAGCAGGAAUUUGGUAUUUGUCCUAUAAUGACCGGCAAGGAGAUGAGUGCACUGGAAGAGAGUGACUCUCUCUGCAUGGUCAUGUACCUCAGUCAACUACAUGAGCUCCUCAAAGACAUAGCGCCACCUAGUGAAAACCAAAGUUCAGAAGAGAGAUCUAUUCUGUUCUCCAGCACCAGGUCACCCAUCUCACUGCUCAGCAAACUGGGACAGAGUCUGUCCCGCAAACGCAAUCCCAAGGAUAAGAAAGAGAAGGAAGCAGAUAGUGUUGGAAAGCGGAGGAGAACAAGCCAGGCUGGCCAGUCAGAGGAGGAGGACGUUCCCUAUGAUACCAAAGAAAAUAUGACUUCAGCAGUAACUCCCGGGUCAGAACCGAAGGUCUCUGAGGGUCACAGCAAGGUUCGGUCCAUGGCAACACUAUUGCUGGCUAAAUUUGAGGAGAACUCACCAUCGGCCUCAGCCACUGCACUGCGCAGACAGAGCUGCAUUCAGAUGUAUACGGGCGGAGUGAGCUCAUUGGCUCAGCAGAUAGCCAAUCAGAUUCAGAGUCAGCAGGAUCAAGCUCCCAAGCUCCUUCACAGGAGGGAGUUGGGAUCUCAAAAGGAGUUUCCUGUGAAUAUGGGCGGCAGUGAUGUGUGUUAUUUCUGCGGCCGUCGCGUUUAUGUCAUGGAGAGGCUAAGCGCGGAGGGAAAGUUCUUCCACAGGAGCUGCUUCCAGUGUGACCACUGCAGCUCCACAUUACGCCUUUCCAACUACGCUUAUGACCAACUACAUGGGAAGUUUUACUGUAAGCACCACUACAGCUUCAGACUGGCUAGCGUGAGAAAGAGACCGGCCCCAUCUGUGGCCCCUCGGCCUGCUCAGGCUCCCCCUGCUCCAUCCUCAACUUCUACGACUUUGUCCUCUCCCGGGUCAGUGGGCACAGCCACUCCGCCAGACUGCUGGUCCUCCAGCGCCCACGCAGACAUGGCAUCCAGCCUGGCCAAGAGACUGUGUGGUACACCAGAGCGCAUUGAGCUGGAGAACUACAAACCCUGCCCACAGCAACAGGACAGCCCACUGCAGGAGGUUCCAGAGGAGACGCUCGCACAGCACAACCUCAGUGCUAGCCUGCAGGAGAAGAACACAGAGGAGCAGUCUAGUAGCUCUGAGUCAGACCUAGAGGAGGAGGAGCUUGCCUGGAAGAAGGGGGAGGGGUUGCACUCCAGGACCAAUGGAGAGAGAGAAUUAGACCUGGGGGAGGGGUUAAAGGGGGAAGAGGGAGGGGAAAACCAGGAAAAACAAGAGGAGGAGGAGGAUGAGGAGGAGGAGGAAGCAGAAGUUUCAGAAGAAGAAUAUGAAGAGGGAGUGUCUAGUGAUGAGGGUGAGUACUGCCCUUGGGAGAAGGAACGGCUCUCGGGGGUGUGGCUUGAGGAAGAGGAGGCGGGGUUUGUUCAAGAGUCCAGUGAAGGGUACAGUGACGACCCAGACAUAGAUGCCAGCUCAGUCAGAGAGUCCAAACCAUGUGACCAACAGGAAGAGUCCAUUCCAUUCCACCAAUCACCUACCUCUAUAGAGUUCCUACCCUCCUUGAAACAACCACAAUCAGGCCACACACCCACACCUGAGCUGUCGACAAACCCCGAGAUCCCACCUGCCAAGAGGUCAGAGGUCGUGGAGGAGUUCUGGCUGAGGAGUGCUGAGAUCAGGAAGAGUUUAGGCCUGAUUCCGCUGCCUGGAGAAUUCCUCCCCAAACAUAAGGCAGCUCAAACAUCAAAUGCUAAAGAAAGCUUUUACACCUCAGUCACAUGCAAUAACGCUGCUUUGGAUUCUGCCAACCAAAUGGCAAGAAACUGUGACUCCAGCACACAAACUCCCUCUCUGACAGACUUUCAAAGUACAUCCCCACCUGGACCAUCUCCCACUAUGGAUGGCGAUACAGGCGUCGCUUUAGAAGAGGCGAUCGGCCGCUGUUCUGUAAUCCACAGACUCAGCAUCACUGUAGAGGGUUGUGUGAUGGCGGACAAGCAGGGUUUGGAUCUCAAUUCCACAUCAUUUGCCAAUGAAAGUGUUUUAAAUUCAGACGCAGGUCUUCCGACACCUCCCUACAGCCCAUCUCCCUCCCCUCUUGUCAGCAAGCAGUGUCGCGCCUUUCGCCACUCCGAACCCAUACUGGACCGAGAGGUUAUGGCAUUCACAUCUACCUACGCUGCUUGUGUCCCACAGCGGGACGGUUUUAAACCAGAACUCGAUCAAGCUCUGAGUCUUCCCCCGGAUGAAAUUGAGAUCCUGUGUGGGGAUGAGGCGGAAGAGGCUUCUGGACUGCCAGAAAGUUCUGGCGUUGUGGAGACCGGCGACACGGUCAGCGCGACGGACAACCGUAGGCUAGAGCACAGGAGGACGCUCCCGGACCGGCUGGUCGCCCCACUGCUGGCAGGGGGACCCGAGGUCAGGCUUCGUAGGUCAGAGAUAAAGCUGUGGGGGGCGGACAAGGGUGUGGAAGAGAAGGAAAAAAAGCGCAGCUUGUUGUUUUCGCCCCGUAAAAGCAAGAAGACCAUGAAUGCAGCAGCUGAAACCCAGCAGGAGCCAGGGAAGCACAAGUCCCUCUGGAAGACUGUUUUUUCAGUGUAUAAAAAGGACAAAAAGAGGAAGGAGGCAGUGGUGGUGGCAGAAACUCUACCUGCCGCAGCUAACACUGAGAGUAAGCGGAAAGUGCCGGGUAUCAACAGAACCGCAGACCUGUGUUUCCGGAAGAAUCCAAGUUUUUCUGAAGACACAGACUUGUCCUGCCAUGCUCUUCUAGAAAGAUGUCCUCUCAGAGUUCAGAGAGCAGGAACGGAGGAGGAACUCAAUGCAAAGCUGACACGGCGAGUUCAGAGAGCAGCGCGCAGACAGGCCAAGCAGGAGGAGCUGCGGAGGCUGCACAGGGCACAGAUAAUCCAGCGUCAGUUGGAGCAGGUGGAGGUAAAGCAGAGACAGCUGGAGGAGAAGGGGGUGGCUGUGGAGAAGGCCCUCAGAGGCGAAGCAGUCGAGCCUUUUCUGGGUUCUCCUCGUAGAAGGCCUGUCUAUCUCUGUCCUUGCUGUUCCCCUGAAGCCAAAGCUAAAGGGACAGAACACGAUCAUUCAAUUUAUGUGUGUACAGUCUUUUUUCUUUAUGUAGUGCAAGAACCUCCACUACACCAGCUAAGAAUGGGAAAGAAAGAUGAUCCUAGUUUAAUGCAUCAGUGGUUUAAGCUUGUGCAGGAGAAGAAUGCACUCGUGCGCUAUGAAUCUGAGCUCGUGAUAUUUGCUCGUGAACUGGAGCUGGAGGACAGGCAGAGCCGUCUGCAGCAAGAGCUCAGAGAGCGCAUGGCCGUGGACGACCAUCUGAAGGGAGAGGACGAGCUGGCGGAGGAGAGGCGUAUUUUGAGCGAGAUGCUGGAUGUGGUGGAGCAGAGGGAUGCGCUGGUGGCCUUGCUGGAGGAGCAGCGAGUGAGGGAGAAAGAGGAGGAUGGUGACCUGGAGUCAGUUAUGCUGUCUAAGGGCUUCAGUUUGCACUGGGACUGACUCGCACAUGCACGAAUCUCAUCAUACCGCUUGAAGGGCUCCAAAAAUAUGCAGCUGCUGUUUUCAUUGGUCCAAACAGGCCCGUCCACCUGCAUUCUGGGCCGCGUGUGCAACUACAUAGGUGUCUAAGUAAUGAAAACCAGAACUCAGCAAAAUAUUGGCCCAUAAGUGAUACUCAGUUAUCUGAGGUGCAAAAUAAAGCCUCUGAUUAGAACGAGUGGCGAUGUCUUGCUGCCAAAUAAUGCUCCUCUAAGACUGCUAUGCUACUAUGCAAAAGAACGUCUUUUUGUCUGCUCUCCUGGUUGUCUUAUUUCAAACAGCUGGGUAAAGUCAAGCUACAGCUGUAAUUUUACCCAGAUUCAUCAUGUUUUGACUUGACAGAAAUGAAUAUGAAAUGGCAUAUAUAACCACAUUGUCAUUGUGCAGUACAGACUGACGCAUGCAAACGUAUAUACACAAGAUAAGGCCUGUCUUAAUGUGUGAUUGAGAUGUUUUUCUUUUUUUUCUUUUCUUUUUUUUUUAACCUAAUUUACAACUGUUCCUGUUGUUUAACCUACAUAAGCUAACCUCACACUGUCAAUUCUCAGUAUAGAGACAUUAAUUUAUUGGCUGAAAUGUUUUUUUUUUUUUUAUAUUGAUUUUUUCAGCAUAACUGUACUUUACA